UACAACUCCCAGAAUACCUCUGUGCAACCUUACGCUCUCUUCUUCCUGUUUUAGUGCUGCAGCUGGAAAAAAUGGCAGCAGAAACAGGCAAAUACAGGGGUGCUGUUAGCAAAAACAAAGACCCCUCUGGGCUUCUUAUCUCCGUCAUAAGGACUUUGUCCAACAGCGAUGACGUGCAGGACAGGGAGACAGAAAAGGGUCGCCUGGAGGAAGCCUUUGAAACCUGCGAUAGGGAUCUAGAUACACUGAUUGUUCAGCAUUAUGCAGAACUCACUACUGCCAUCGGGACCUAUCAGAGCAUCACAGAGCGAAUCACCAGCUCCCGCAAUAAGAUUAAACAGGUAAAGGAGAACCUGCUGUCUUGCAAAAUGCUUCUCCACUGUAAGAGGGACGAGCUGAGGAAGCUUUGGAUAGAAGGUAUCGAACACAAGCAUGUCCUCCAGCUGCUGGACGAAAUUGAAAGCAUCAAACAGGUUCCUCAACGCCUGGAGACCUAUAUGGCAAGCAAGCACUACCUUCAUGCCACUGAUAUGUUGGUGACAGCCGUGGAGUCCCUGGAAGGCCCCUUGUUUCAGGUUGAGGGGCUUGGAGAUCUCCGCCUGGAGCUCAAAAACAAGAAGCUUAACAUCCACUUAGUGCUCAUUGAUGAGCUGCACCGGCACCUCUACAUCAAGUCCACAAGUCGCCUCGGACACAAGAACAAGGACAAAAACGCUGCCCGAGUUCCAGGGUCCUUGACCAAAGAUACAUCUCCCAUGUCUGUUUUGGAAGUGAGCAGCCUGUCGACUCCACGCAAGCUUCUGGAUUCUUCACAGUUCAGCACACCUGGAUCCGGCAGUGUGCGUGAGCAGCAGCAGGAUAUUUGGGAUCUGAGUCAAGCAGAUCUUUCUGAGGUGGAUCCAGAGGAAAACAGCGCUGAGUUCAUGGGAAUUCUCAUCAAGGCUCUUGCCAAACUAAAGAAGCUUCCCGAAACCACUAAAGCCAUAAUGGAGCGACUGGAGCCCGAACUGAAACAGAUCGUCAAGAGAUCCACCACUCAGAUAGCAGAUCACGCUUACCAGAGAGGAGAAAACCUAGCCCAGGAGAGCCAGCCAAGGCUGCUGUUGGAUCUGCUGGAGCUUUUGUUUGACAAGUUCAAGGCGGUUGCCCAGGCUCACAGUGUGGUGCUGGCCCACAUGCAGCAGAUCGCUGCACAAACUCCGGCUGUGACCCAUGAGGAGGAGAUCAAGCUCUACGAGCAGGCUGAUGUUUCUGCCAAAAUCCAGGCUGUGCUGCAGGUUCUGUUGAUGGAGUAUCUGGAUGUGAAGAACAGCCGCAGUUCCACUGAGCAGACUGCUCAGCUCUCCUAUGCGAGCACUGGCAGUGAGUUUGCUGCCUUCUUUGCAAAGAAAAAACCCCAGCGUGCCAAACAGUCGCUGUUCAAGUUUGAAUCAUCGUCCCAUGCAAUCAGCAUGAGUGCCUACCUGAGGGAACAAAGAAGAGAACUUUACAGCAAAAGCGGAGAAUUACAAGGUGGUGCUGAUGACAACCUGAUUGAAGGUGGAGAAAUGAAGUUUGUGUGCAAGCCAGGAGCGAGGAACAUCACCGUGAUCUUCCAGCCUCUUCUAAGGUAAAUAAAAGAAUAGUUUCUUAAUUUUCAAACAAAUAAAAA